AAAUGAUUGAUAGAUCUGCUAAAUUCCUGCAUAAAUGUAAAGUAUAAUAGCAGUGGGGUGAAAAGGCACCUGUGCACCCGGCAAACAUUGAAGAAGAAGAAGACGACGACGACGACUGUCAUCAACAAUGGCGAGACAUCCUGCUGUAGAUCAGGAGCUUUCAGCGAUCCUGAAUGAGUUGUGGAAGCUGGAUGUGAACUGUGUGAAGCCAGGAAAAGACUACACCAUCAAUCUGCAGAGCGAGGCUGAUUAUGUGGCAUGUGGCAAAAACCAUGCCAGAGACAAAGCCAAUGCUCCUCUGUUCACAUACGUCAAUGAGGAUAAACUUAAAAGCAUUGCCACAUAUGCUAGUUUCAUAAGCCUCUUGGACAACUAUGAGAUGUCCACAGGUGUGGCAGAGAAAGUGACUAGUGAGGAGCUGGAGGAGAAUAACAUCUUCCUCAAUGCCAUCCUACAGACCCAGGUCAUGAAGCGUGCACAUGGGUAUUUAGUCAAUAAAGGGAAAGCCUCCUCUGACGUUGCUCAGUUUAAAAAGCAGCUCUUUGACAUCUGGUUCAAACUCUAUCACCGAGGCAGAAGUGGAGGUGAAAACUCGUGUGGAUUUGAACAUGUGUUUGUUGGUGAGACCAAGCACGGGGAAAAGAUCAUGGGCCUUCAUAACUGGGUUCAGUUUUACCUUCAGGAGAAGCUGAACUGUAUUGACUACAAGGGCUACACAGCAAGCCAUAAAGACAGGCCGGAUGUGAACGACCGUGUCAUUAGUCUGCAGUUCAGCUGGAAAGGCCUGCUGAAGCCAUUGGGCAGCUCCUUCAUUGGCGUUAGCCCUGAGUUUGAGGUGGCACUCUACACCAUCAUCUUCCUCAACAGAAACGAGCAAGUAUCCAACACGGUUGUGAAUGUGGAUAAGUACUUGCUGGAGGUCGUGGUGUGCCGACAGGGACAUGCUAUUGGAACGUCCUACCCCAAACUACUUGACAAAACACUGGGGGCCUGUAGUUUCUCUACUGACCAGUCUAAGAAGAUUUAGUUUUCCUUUAGCCUUUUAAGCACCAUUAUUAUAAGCAACAGCUUAGUUUCAAAAAGACUCAUUGUUGCUUUACAUUACAGUUGGAAUUGUUUACGAUACUGUUACUGACCAGUACUAUAGUGCUGUUUAUUACUAACUCUCUACCUAAUUGCCUUUUGAGAGCUUACUGCAUCUGAAGAAUGGGAACUGUUACUCCUAUAUUUUAUAGGCUUAAAUUACAUAUUAUACAGCUUUGAAGUCAAAUUCCAGGGUAUAUAGAACAUUUGGGGGAAGAAAAAAAAAUGUUUGUUACAAAAAGUAAUUACAAUUACACAUGUUUUGUAUAACUAGUUUUUAAAUUAGCCAUAUUUGUUCAUUGUGGUGUCUAUUUAAAUUUAGAGUACUAUGUAGUACUGCUUAAUAACCUGAGAAUGUCUUAAUGUCCAAAAAUGUGUGUUGCUGUUUCAUCCGCAUGUAAUUUAAUCAUUAAAAUUAUGGCUUUCAAAAUGUCCAUCUAUAUUUUUAAGGAAAAUAAAUUUAAUUUCUCACUAAAUUUAUUUAUUUUUUUGGAAAUUCCAAGUCUGUUUUUGUAUGUGUGAAAAGUUCAAAGAAAGUCUUGGAGAUUCUACAAGGCCUUAUAAAUACAUCAGUUUCUAAAUGAGGAAGAUAUUUACAGACUCAUCACAAGUGUGGGGGUUUUUGUUU